AUGGGAUCGUCGGUGACUUCGGCAUCGACACGACUGGUUGCGGAUGAGGGGGAGAUGGGCUUGGAUUUGAUGGACAUUCCGAAGGGCUUGAUCAAAAAGAGGACCAAAAGGGUCAAACAAGACCGACUUGAGGACAGCAGCUGGAGUGGAAAAGUUUUGACUUUGUUGCGGCCUGGUUCAAACAUAGACGGACAACCUCCACCUGCUCUGCGAUUCUUUGCGGUGAUGAGCGAUGGUGGAGAAGAUCAAGGUGAUCGUGGUCGACAAGAAGAUCGUGAUGAUCAAAUAGACCGCGAUGUCCCUGGCAAAUUGUUUGAAAGAUGCCCGGGGAAACCAAAGCCGAAGAGGGUGAGUCUCAAACCGGUUCCCUCAUUGGUGACGUUGAGACCGGCAUCGCAAGUGUCACGGGUGCCAGAUGAUGAGGUGCACUGCGUGGAAGAAUCAUCCCAGGAUGAGGAAAAAGAGAGCAUCAGGAGCGUGGUGUUGGACGAUGAGAAGGGCUUCUCUUCAGGAGAUGAUGCAGUACCAGUGCGGACGGUUCAGAUGCAGGAAGGCCAAGCCUCAAGCAGUGGACUAGGUGCUGGGAAAUCUGAACAAGGAGAAGAUCAACUACAUGGGGAAGCACUACGACCUGGAGAUGCUGCAAAAGGUGAGGUCCUGAAACAAGAAGGACCCAAGCCGAAGAAGUACCGCAGGGUACGAGUGAAGAAACAAGUGACGCAGUUGGAGAAAGACAUCCAGGAGAUGCAAAGUGCCAGAAGGGUCCGAAAUGAAAGGAUGGAUCGCCUUCGACUUCUCCAACAACAACGACAAAGACGGCAAGAAGCUGCAGAACCUUCGGGACAACAAGAACUACCAGCGUCAGAAGAACCUCAGGAAGCCAAAAAACCUGAGGAAGCAAACGCUGAGGAGCCCAAAGAACCUCAGCCAAGGACGCCGUCACCAUCUUCGGUGGAUUGGAAAGCUGCCGAGGAGGAGACGAAAAGGCAGUUUGCGGAGGCGAAAGCAGCGGGCCGCAGAAUCCUCUCUUACGAGGAAUGGGACAAGGAGCGCAAGGAGAAGAAUGAGAACUUGCGCCAAGCAGCACGGCGGAGGUCAUGGCUGGAGCGAGAAAUUGCCCGCAGAGCUCUACAACAAGAAAGAGGUGAAACCAGAGAAGCAGUUCUGAGGAGCACAACGACAUCGGCAUCUGGACCGCUUACAGAUGAGGAGUGGGUGCAGAUGCAACAGAUGAUGAAAAGGUUGCCACCAGCACCUCCAUGGCAGUGUGAGAUGCCCAACAAGGAUGAAGAGCAGCCGCAAGACAAAAGGGCCAAAACGGUCCAAAAGGACCCAAAGCACGGGAUGCCACCACCACAGCCGGAUUUGCCGGCACCACCUCCGCAGGGAUAUGCUGGAGUUUGGAGAGGUGGAUGUUGUCCUGGCUUUCGUUGGCAAGGGGUGCAACAAGGUUACCAUGGACCACAAGCACCUCACGGACAACAAGGGUUUGCACCUGGAUGUGGAGAGCAACAACACCAAGGACCUCCAAGAGGACCUCAAGGCUUUCAUCCAGGACUACAAGGGCAAGCACCAGCGCAACAAAGCAUGUCGCUGGACCUUGGGCCAGUGAGAUAUAGGUCUCCUGAAGAACUGGCAGAAGCGACGGCAUGGUUGGAACGACAGCGUGGCGGCCCUGAAGUGGAUCUUCGCACACCGGGCGAUGUGGUUCGGCAUGACUUGGCGAUGGCAAUGGCGAAGUCAAGGGCAAAAGCUGGAAUGCCGACACCACCAGCAAGGAUGGUAAGUCCGCCUCGACGGGAAGUUCCUGCACCGCCGCCGGAACAACAACAAGAACAAGGUGGAGGAGAAGAUGCUGGAGAAUCCCUCCUACAGAGAAUUCUCAGGUUGGCUGGAGCUGGACCAAUAUGUGGGGGAACUCCGCCAUCAACACCAAGGGUGCCUUCACCGUCGAGAACCCUGUCGAGCACAUCAGAGGCUGAGAUCCUGGAGGAUGUGCAGUACGAUGAAACCAACAGGGAUCAAAACGAGCAGAUGGCUUUACGCCCUAAAGCUCGUCCUCAACUUCGGCGGGACCCUCAACAUGGGGCGAUGGCUGCGAGUGGUGCCGGUGGUGGAGAUGGCCCUGGGGACAGAGAUGACCCACGGCGCAACGACCGGGCAAGCCCUGAGCCUGAAGCCGAGGACAAUGAGGAGGACUCUGUGGAAGGGACGGCCACCCAGGAGUUCAUGUAUCGGAUGAAAAGAAGAUCCGAUGAGCUGACGGGACGAAAGAACAAGUUCCAGGUCGGCAAGAGCUCUGCAUGGGAGCCCCAGAAGCUCCGAAAGGGGCGUGGCCACACGGUCAGAUGGUGGCCGGAGCGUCGUGGCAAGGGCACCAGGGGUGAGGGGGCAAAGAAAGGCAGUGGGGGCCGCAUCGUCCUGCAGGGCAAGGGCGCAAACCCAGCGGCCGAACUGCAACUGGCGCAGUCGCUGCGCCAAGCCACCGCCGCAGUACGGCGAGCGGAAAGCGCUGUGGCCAUCCAUGGGAAUGGCAGCGAGGGGGCAGAAGCAGCCUAUGAGGAGGCAGCCGUGGCGGUGAACCAGUACCUGGAUGCAGAGGCCAUCCUACACCCGCCAACUGGCGCUUCAAGCUCCAGCGCAGCACCUUCGAGCUCAAGUACAGCCCCGGUGGGAAGAGGAGCUGCCAAUCUGGGGCUGGAGGUCUACCGCGACUUCCUGCGGACCAAGGGCAAAGGCAAAACAAGCCGAGCUCAUGCAGAUGCAGCUGCAGAUGAAGAAGGAUCUGACCCCGAAGCAGAUCCUGAAGAGGAAAACUAUGAAGAAGAAAACUAUGAAGAGGAGGUUGAAGAAGAAGAAGAACAUGGUGAUGACGGGGACUACGUCGAGGUGGAGCUCGAGGUGAUCCCUGAGGGAGACCAUGAAGGUCAUGAUGCAGCAGAAGGUCCAGCAACAGAGGACCACGAAGUUGCAGGGCAUGAUGAUGGUGGACCUGCAGCACAUGGCCGGGAAAGCAAUGAAGAGGAAGAACGCCAUGAGGACGAUCCGGACUACAGCGCAGAAGAGGAGUUCGUCCAUGAAGAGCACAGCUGA